AUGUCUCUCAAAACCUCCUACCUCCUGAUCUACAACACCAUCAACGCCCUCCUCUGGACCCGCAUCCUCCUCACCUUACUCUCCUCCAUCGUCCUCCUCCGCUCCCCAGAACCCCUCUACACAACCCUGGAACCCUGGACAAGAUGGACCCAAACCCUCGCCAGCCUUGAAAUCCUGCAUUCCGCCCUUGGUACGGUUUCCUCCAGCCAGCCCCUCCCUCAAAUCACUCUCCUCCUCCCCCAGAGUAAACAGCCAACUAAGAGAGAAAAAGGCCUCACUCGCUCCCCCAUCUUCACAACCUUCACGCAGAUCUUCGCCCGCAGCGUCCAAGUCUGGGCCAUCAACUAUGCCUUCCCGGAAGCCACCACUACGACGGUGGCCGUCUACCCGGCCAUGCUGCUGGCGUGGUCCCUCGCGGACGCCAUCCGGUAUACGUAUUUCGCCGUGCUGAGUGUGGCGGGCUCGUCGGCGGUGCCGGCGUGGUUGCGGUGGUUGCGGUACUCGCUUUUCCUGGGUCUCUACCCUAUCGGGAUCGCCAGUGAAUGGUGGUUGAUGUUCCGGGCGACCCUGGUGACGGACAGCGUCGCAGUGAAGGGCAUCUUUGUCUUCUUUUUGGGGUUGUAUGCGCCUGGUGAGUUUUUCCCUUCCGUUCCCUUCUGGGUCACUUGGUGGGAGAAGGAGAAAGAGAGAAAGUAA